UUUAUUCGAACUGCAAUUCGGUAUGAACCAGUAGAUAUUUAUUUUAAAAAACGUACUAUGGCAAUUUUUGGAAUCACGGCACGAAUGGCCAUUAUGAGCCUUCUUCCACUUACUGGUUUUGGUAUUGGAUGCUAUCUUGACCAUAAAGAAACUGAGCGAAUGACUAUGUUCCGUGAUAAAAGUGCAUUGUAUGGGAGGGUUUUGAAGCCUGGUGAAGCACCGUCAUGGCCCUGAUGUAUGGAAAGUCUCUAGUUUUAUUUUUAAAGUUGUGUAAUAUUUAUCAAUAAAGGUUAAGUAAAAUGAUCAGCUGAAUAUUUUCCAAUGUUGUCUUCCCCACAUUUCUUGUCCAAAAUGUUUACUGAUAAUUCUAGUAAAGUAGAUUUAAAAUAAUUGAAUUGGUGAAAUGUUUUCUUCAAACAAAUUUACAUCAGUAAACGUAUGAUACAUGAUAUGUA